AUGAAUGAGGGGAGAUGUGAGAGAACCGAUGGAAAAAAGGUAGAGGAGAAGCUCAUGAGUAGUUGUAGUAGGUGGAGUAACGUAGAGGGGAAGCGGAGUCGGGACACAGUCGCCGGUGCCGAUGAGUCUCAAUGGUCAGUGAUGAGAGGUGAGCUUGUGGUCGCCAACGAGAAUCCUGCAUAUGAAGGUGCUGAAGAAGGUAGAUGGCAGAGGAAGGCAGUGAAUAAGAUGCGAUGUUGGCGGAGGAUCGACGAUGGCAGAGGGUCGACGACCAGGAAAGAGCACAUAGUGGUGGCCGGAGUGCGAGGGGAGUAG